AUGGCAAACACGACCGACCCCAAGCAUUUUAUGAAGACCAGUGGCGAGACAAACCCCGUUUGGAUCCACCAGGUUCCUUACGACAGCACCCCCAAGUUUCCAAAGCUUGACGGAGAUCUCGAUACAGAUGUCUGCAUCGUUGGAUCCGGUAUUUCAGGUGUCUCCGUUGCAUACGAGCUCGUGACUCAAGGCUUGAACGUGGUCCUGAUCGAAGGUCGUGAGAUUCUCUCCGAUGACGGGUGCACGGAGAUUGCUAACAAGCAUGGCGAUAAGGGUGCGAAGGCUGCCGCUGAGUCUCAUACCUGGGCUUUGAAUCGCAUUGGCGAGAUCUCGAAGCAGCUCGGCAUCGAAUGCGAGAACCACUCUGACGACAUUAAGUCUGUCAUCAUGGAUGGGCUUAAGGCGAAGGAGCUGGGCAUUGCGACAGAAUACAAAGAAGGCUUCACGCUCAAAGGUUGGCAGUGGCAGCCUGAUCAGAGCGAUGCUGUCAUCUACGCUGGUCAGGCUACCUUCCACCCCACAAAGUACUUUGUCGGUGUUCUCAACUUCCUGAAGCAGCAGCCAAACUUUGCCUGCUACACCAACACACGCUGUAUGGAUGCCAAGGAGAAGGGUGUUGAGAUACUUAAGGACUGCCUCUUCUACGGCUCCGCAGAGAUCUACAAGUACGUCCGUCUUACAGAAUGCGAUAACAAGGACGACUAUAUGAUCGUUGGCGGCGGUGACCACAAGGUUGGCCAGGGCGAUAUAAUAGCACCCUUUAAGGAACUCAAGGACUGGACAAGGUCACGCUUCCCUCAGGCCACCACAGUAGAUUACAAGUGGAGCGGACAGAUCUCCGAGCCUGUUGACUUCAUGGCAUUCAUCGGCAAGAACCAGGGCAUGAAGCAUACCUACAUCAUCACUGGCGACAGUGGAAACGGUCUCACUCACGGCGUCCUUGCUGGCAGGCUCAUCGCAGACGAGAUCACCGGAGAAAUAAACCUGUGGGCUUCACUCUACAAUCUCAGCCGACUGUCUUCAAUCGCAAAGUCGCUCCCCAGUUUGGUCAGCCACGACCUCCAGAUCAACGCACAGUACAAGCGCUUCUUGCAAACUGACAUCAGUAACAUCGAGAACCUCGCACCGGGCGAUGGAGGCGUUCUCAACCCCACUGGCAAGAAGCCUCUGGCUGUCUACAAAGAUGACGGCGGUCAGGUGCACAAGUUCAGCGCACUCUGCUCUCAUAUGAAGGGUGUUGUGUGCUGGAACUCGGUCGAGAAGAGCUGGGGUUGCCAUGUGCACCGCAGUAGGUUCAGCAAGGACGGUGUGCAGCUAAUCGGGCCUGCGAAGGCAGGUCUUGAGCCUGCGAAUGCGCGUGGCCAGAUGCUGCAGGACGAGGCAGUCAAGGCGUAG